AUGAGGUAUUCGAUAGGUGUGAACAGACUUUACAACCCACUUAAUACAAGUCCAUUAAAAAGACCAACAAAAAAAGUGUCACAGACUACAAGUCCCGUCUCUUCUUGUGUUAAUAUCACAACCCUUCCUCCUAUAAUACCAACUCGUUUAUACGAGAAAUCUACAGAACAAACAGUAAGGUCGUUUCUUUUUGUUGAAAUAUCUCCUUUACUUGACAAGUACUUUGACUUAAUAGACUCGAAAAAAGCGAAUCAUUCCAGACCCAAUGUAUUAUACAAUUUUUACAGUGUUCGUGGUCGUCUUGUUGAUUUGAUGCUAUAUUUUGCACAAAAAGAUGUCAACACAUUUUCUAAAGAUGAUUUGUUCACCACAAGCACACCAUUUACUGAUUUGUUUGAUAUUUUACUUGAAGAAGAAGGUAACGAAGUGCUUCGUGCAACAUCAUCUCCAAUAGUCGAUGACGUCAAUAUCAGUGACAAUGGAGACGAGAUAAGUAACAGGUAUGUCUAUCUACUCACCAAAUAUGUCCCUUUGAUAAAAGAAUCCAUUCGGGGUGUUGUCCGGAGUGUAGCUGAAAUAGUUUAUAACAAGUAUGGUGAAGAGAUGGGGCAUACAGCAAUAGUCCGUCUCAUUUUCGAGAGGUAUUUAUUUGUUCCAAUAUCCAAUUCAACUCGUCACAUCACCGCAUUCUAUAAAUUGUUGAGUGAUGGUUUCUUUGGAAAUGUUGGAAAAGCAACUGGACAAAUGGGAAAUGCAGUGGAUUAUACAAUUGGAAUUGUUUUGAGCACCCCUCCACACUAUCAAUCUCCUUAUAUCAUCUCAAGACAUGAAGAAACAUUAGAACAACUUUGUGAAGUUAUAAAGGAAGAUGCUUCAUUACUUCGAGUUGGGUUUAAAGGUGAUUUUGAUAUAGUCUUUGACACUGUUAGAAAAAGAAAAGAAGGCAACAUCGACUUACUUGUCGCUUCAAAUGAAUUACAAGAGUGGAGAUCACAAAGACUUGAUCGAAAGUGUUAUGCAAAUAUGUUCUUGAAAGAGCAAGUUAAAAAGGCUUUACAAAUUAAUGACUUUCUCAGAAUGAAAAUUUUGCAGUUAAAGAAUGGGGUCUUCUGA